GAGUUAAAAUUCCCAACACAUGGAGUGAGCAGACAGCACAGCCUUGACAAUAUCCGUGAAUGCUGAGCUGUUCGAUCCUCCUUCCAUAUUCUGUUGGGAAAUCCUAGAAAGUCUCCUCCAUGGUCUCUCAGAUGAACAUUCAAAUUCUUCUCUCGAUACCUCCAUUCGAUCCCCCAGUUCCACCAUGAUUAACAAUUCAUGGCCUGAAUAUGUAUUCAUACGAAUUUGUAUUUUUGCUCUCCAGAGUAUACCCCUUGUUAGCUUAGCAUAUUGUUUUAGUCUUGCUUUUACUUCUUUCUUUACGGAUUAUUAUCAUCUUUAUAGAGUUCGUCGCGGAUUAGAAGUUGUGUUUUUGACAGAAUCUAUCUUCUUCCUCUUUUGCUUCCUCCCUUAUCGCAUUUGGCUUCAGCGCGAAGCUGUACAUCCACCAGCACCGUCGCGAGAAGAGAGAGCGGCAUUAUUUCAGAAGUGUUCGGAUAAUAUUACGGAUCCGGAGGCGUAUUUGCAGAAAUGGUUCCUAGGCGCGGAUAUUAGAGAGAUUCGGAGGGAGAAUGUCAAGGAGUUUUUUCUUUGGGCUUUUUUUAAUCGGGAUGGUCCCCCUGGGGAUGAUGAUGAGGAGUUGGAGGAAUAUAUUGCGAUUUUGGAGAGGCAGAUGGGGAGGGAAAUUCCAAAUGGGAGGGGUAAUGCUAGGUGUUUGAGGUUGACUUUGGAUGAGGUUGUUAUGUCGCAUAGGAGCUUGAUUUGGUAUUGUGUGAGUGUGAUUCUCUGACUUCUUAUGUCGAUAGAAGAUUCUAAUGUUAUUUUUACAGUGUGUCGGAUUCGUUGACUUCCUAACGUUUUGUUCCCUCCGCUACCAUGGUUUCAACUUUUACCGCACGAAUCUCAAACAAUCUAUUAGCAUCAUUCCUAUUCGUCCGCACAGUUUAUUUACUACGCAUCAUUCACCUGCUCAGCAUAUAUCUUAUUGGCACCGACCACAUACUUCAAAAACCAAACUUCCAGUUGUUUUCAUUCAUGGAAUCGGCAUCGGUCUCUAUCCUUAUACCAAAUUCCUCAACGAACUCAAUGCUUCGACUGGCACACCCGAUGAUCACAUUGGUAUUCUUGCCCUCGAGAUAAUGAAUAUUAGUUUUCGCCUCACACAUUCUGCUCUCUCUCGUGAAGAGACCGCUCUCGAGAUCUUCCAAAUAAUAAGCCAACAUUUUGGCCCAAAUCAAAAGUUCGUCCUAGUUUCCCACUCGUAUGGCACAGUGGUGACAACUCACCUCCUGCAAUCACCUAUUCUAUCCCCGCACAUUGGACCAAUUGUUCUCAUCGAUCCUGUCUCUAUUUGUCUACAUUUACCUUCUGUCGCAUUUAAUUUUACCCGUCGAAUUCCACGAGAUGCAAAUGAAUACCAAUUAUACUAUUUUGCAAGUAUGGAUCCAGGAGUCAGUCAUACGUUGAGUAGAAAGUUUUUCUGGAAUGAGAAUGUGUUGUGGAAAGAUGAUUUUGAGGGAAGAAAAAUCACAGCAAGUUUAGCGGGGAGAGAUUUGAUUGUGGAUACCGAGGCUGUGGGGAGAUAUUUGUGCUGUGGGACGCUAUCUGGGAAAUCGACUCCUAGUUUGAGGAAUGUCAAUGGAAAUGCGAAUGGGAUUGUAAAGAACGCUUCAAAUCUGAGCACUGCGCUAUUGAUUGAGAUCGAUGAGUCGGAAGUCACAGGAGAGGAAAGAACUGCGGGUGUAAAUGUAAUGGGUUCGGAGAAUGAUCAAGAAGGAAUUCAUGAUGAUGGAUUAGAUAUGGUAGAUGAUGAGGAGUGGAAGUAUCGCGAGUGGAAGGGAGUAGGGACGGAGGUUUUAUGGUUUGGAACGUUGGAUCAUGCGCAGGUUUUUGACAAGAUGGGGACGAGGAUGAGAAUUAUUGAUGUUGUGAGGAGGUAUUGUGAGGAUGGUUAGAGAUUUGUAUUGGGAGAGGGAUAUUUUGAAUUCGAGAGUUUUGAGGAAUAGAUUGGAGGAAGAUUGGAGGAAGAUUGGAGGAAGAUUGGACGCCGACAGACUUAGAUAGAGUUUGAACGAUUAGAUAGACACUGAAAGAAAAGACUUAGAUAGAAUGAAUCUAUAAAAUGGUAGCAUUAAGUUGGAACUGUGGUUG